GGGCCCGUCAGGUGAAGUGUGGUGCUGGCCCGUGAGCUGCCCGUCAAAAUUCCCGUGUCUGAAUUGAAUGGAGAUCGAUACAACGAGGAGCGAGUGAUCCGAUGAUCCAUUGUGUCUGUGGUUGCGAGGUCGGCCAUAGCGAUGCCGGAAUCGCGACGAUCGCACGGAGAGCGAGCUCUAGACGAGCGAUUUCUUGGAUGCUAAGCUAAUCGAGCUCCAAAAUAGGGCAAAGGAGCUCCAGAUCUUACUUAAAAGGAGUGCUGCGGCUAUGGUGGAAGGAUCGCGCAGCUAGGGUUUACGCGGCAGAGGUAGCGCCAAGCUUUCGGCUAGGGUCUGUUUUCUUGGUGAUUCCCUGGCGUUGGAGGGGAAAUGCGGCCAUCUGGAACAGCCGAUGCCUUCUUUCCAGCCGCGGCGAUGGCUGGGAUCCGCGUAUCGGCUCCUGCAUUGCGCUCUUCUUGAUCGAUCCGGGCAGUUUAUUUAAGCUGCGCGAUUCAUGUGUCUCCUGGACCGAUUCUUCGCCACAGUGCUCUCCCGGCCGCGAAUUCGUCGUCAGCUGGAUCGGAUUGAGUGGAAGAAGAGGUCGUCGGCGUCGUCAAUAGCGAGGAGGAGGAUUGGGGCUUGGCAAUGCUCAAGGGGAUUGCCGUGACAUGCAGGGAUCUGAAUGGAAGGAGGAGCGCCGAAUCUGGCCAGAUGAGGCCGCCGGCUGAUCAUCACAAGGCUGGGAAGCUGAGGUUUCCGAUGCUACCGAGAUCACGUAUCAAUGUGUGGCUACUGCGAGCGAGCACUAGCAUCCUGCUGUGGACGUGUAUCAUCCAGCUCACUGCUCUGGGCGAGCUAUGGCGUCCUCGAUUGCUUGGGGGGCGAUCGUCUUGCAACGAGCAGAAGGAGAGCGUGUCACCCAUUGUUCCAAUCUAUCCGCCACAGAGUGAGUGUUUCCUCUUCCUUGUUUCUUUUUUCUUUCUUGAUCUUGCUUAUAGUCUUGUGCUCUUUGUGCUUCCAGGAAUAUAUAAAAACAAUGGCUACCUGAUGGUUUCUUGCAAUGGAGGACUUAAUCAAAUGCGAGCUGCUAUCUGUGACAUGGUCACGAUUGCCAGGCGCUUGAACGUGACUUUGGUGGUUCCGGAGCUUGACAAAACGUCGUUUUGGGCCGAUCCCAGCAAUUUUGAUGACAUUUUUGACGUAGACAAUUUCAUCUUCUCGCUGAGGGAUCAAGUCAAGAUCGUAAAAAAGCUUCCGUCUAAAUUCGAUCGUUUAGUAGAGAAUAAGAGCAUUUUCACGCUUGCGCCGAUUAGCUGGUCAAAUGAGACGUACUACGAUAAGCAGAUCCUUCCUUUAGUUCGUAAGCAAAAGGUUAUUCGCUUGAACCGAACUGAUGCUCGUCUAGCAAACAAUGGGCUUCCCUCGGACAUGCAAUUGCUGAGAUGCAGAGUCAAUUAUCACGCUCUUCGAUUCACACCCAAAAUCAUGGCACUCGGGCAAAAGCUAGUCAAGAUUCUACGAUCAAAGGGACCUUUCCUGGUUCUCCACUUGAGAUAUGAGAUGGAUAUGCUCGCAUUUUCCGGUUGCACGCACGGAUGCACGAACUCUGAAGCGGAGGAACUUACUACAAUGAGGUAUGCAUUUCCGUGGUGGAAAGAAAAGGUCAUAAACUCGGAGCAAAAACGAAAAGACGGGCUUUGUCCACUGACUCCGGAAGAGACCGCAUUGGUUUUGCGAGCUCUGGGAUACAGCAACAGCACGCAACUUUAUAUUGCUGCUGGGGAGAUUUACGGCAGCCAACGGAGGAUGCUGGCCUUACAAGCAGCCUUCCCAAACAUUGUUCGCAAGGAGAUGCUAUUGACUCCGGCCGAGCUCAGGCCGUUUUACAACCAUUCCUCGCAAAUGGCAGCGCUGGAUUAUCUCGUCUCACUGGAGAGCGAUGUUUUCGUCCCUACGUACGAUGGAAACAUGGCCAAAGUUGCCGAAGGACACCGGAGGUAUCUUGGAUUCCGCAAGACUGUGCAGCUGGAUCGCAAAGUUAUAAUCGACCUGGUGGAUCAGCUGAGAGAUGGUGCCAUCUCCUGGGAUGAAUUCUCCAUCGCCAUCAAACAAGCUCAUAAGUUCCGGAUGGGAAUGCCGAAGAGACGACGAGUUUUUCCAGACAGACCGAAAGAAGAGGACUACUUUUACUCCAAUCCUCACGAGUGUCUCUGCAAGCCUUCAUCGGAUUUGAGCGCCACCGAUUGAUAACAAUUUUUUUCGCCUAUGGUAUAUUCUUGUAUAGUAGGAGUCGAAUAAAAGGUGUUCUCAGAUUUUCUUUAAA